AUGUGUUUAGCUCAGGUUCUUGAUUCUCAAAUUAUGAAGAAUUUGAUUUUUUUUCAUCCAUUAUUGUCAAAGUUCAAGAAAAUAUAUCGAACAAGUCUAAGAGCCAGGAAAUUGUUUGACGAGUUACUUAGAGUUAAGAGACAGCAACAACAUCACCAUUUAGAACGUGAUACUAAGCAACAAAGGAUGGUCUCUGAUCUUGAAGCAAGAGAACGAGAUGCCUUUGCUCCAGACCCAGCAGCCACAGAAAGAGAAGAAGAGGAGAGACUUUUUAGGAAACUUGCUGAAAAGGUUUCGAGAAUACGUCCAAUGCAUGCGAGUAAAAGGGCGCCUACUGCUUCAGUUCCCAAAAAAGAGAAUGGGAGAGUUGGGAAGGAGAGUGUGGGUGGUGCUAAGUUGGGAAGAAUAGAAAAAACGUAG